GGGGCCUGCAAAUGGCCCUCUUUCUUUCGCUUUUUCCCUCGACCGACUUAGCACUCGGUUAAUUCCGAACCUCGUUGAGGUGCCUUGCAGUCCGUCAGCCAAUCAAAAGCUUUCUUCUGCCCAUCCUGGUAUUAAAAUGUUGGUUUGGAGCUUCACGGGCGAAAGCUUGCCCUUCACAAACACCUAGACCAGAGAUCCUCCCUUUUCAUUCCUGUUCAUCAACCAAUUCCAAUCAUGGCUGCACCUGAAGAGUCUGAUGUCACCUACGAAGAGCUUGCAGAGCUCGAAAAGGACUUUGAGGAAGUCGAAAAUGAGAUUCUCCGGAAGCAAUAUACCCUCACGUCUGGUCUCUACGCGAAGCGACAGACCAUUGCGUCAAGAAUUCCCAACUUUUGGUCUCUCGUUCUCGAGCAGGCACCGCUUGAGAUUGAUCAGUUCAUUCAACCUUCAGACUCUGAGAUCAUCGCUGCCUGCCUGAAGGACAUCGAGGUUAACCGAUUCGAAAUCUCUACCGAUGAGACCUCCACCGGGGGUGAUCCUCGCAGCGUUGCGAUCAAGUUCAAGUUCGCGCCCAACGAGUGGUUUGACAAUGACGUCCUGGAGAAGAAGUUCUGGUACCGUCGCGCCAAUGAUGGCUGGUCCGGCUUGGUGUCGGAACCCGUCAAGAUCAACUGGAAGUCUGGAAAGGAUGUCACUGAGGGAUUGACUGAUGCCGCCAUCGAGCUCUUCGAGGCUGAGAAGAAGACGGCAGCAACCGCCAACGGUACCUCGGGCAAGGGCAAGGACAAUAAGAAGUCUUCCGCCCAAAAGGCUUUGAUUGACAAGAUUGAGGCAACCACUGAGGGCUCUAUGAGCUUCUUCAACUGGUUUGGAUUUGCGGGACGUCAUAUCACUGCCGAGGAAUCGGCGGCCGCUACCAAGUCGGAGAAGGAGAGAAGAGAGAAGAUCAAAAAGGGCGAGAAGGUUGAGGCUGCUGAGAAGCCCGAGGAGAACGACGAGGACGAUCUUGAUGUCGACGCCGAGGUAUUCCCCGCUGGCGAGGAGCUAGCCGUUGCCAUCAGCGAAGACCUUUGGCCCAACGCUCUCAAGUACUUCACUCAAGCGCAGGAGCAAGAUGACGAUGACCUCUCAGAGGCCGACUUUGAGGAAGAUGAAGAAGAGGAGGAGAGCGACGAAGAGACCGGUGUGCCUGAUCUGCGCAAGCUGGUCAGCGCAAACAAGGGCGGAUCCGGAGACGAGCGGCCUCAGAAGAAGCGGAGAACUUAGACUUGCUCAUGAUGGUAUUUCAGUCUUUUGUCUCCACCUUGGCUCGAUAUGAUUCAAACAAUCUUUGUCCUGGUGGCUUCUUAUCUUUUCUUUUUCUUUUUAAUUGUUCUUCUGAUUGGAUGACUUCAUGAUGGCGGGAUGGUCCCUGUAUCUA